UUCAGGAGCCCGGGCGGGGGUGGGCGUGGGGGCUCGGCGCUGGAGGGGUGCUUGGCACCCGAGAGGGCAGCCGAUAGGGUUAGCGACCACGGAGGCUCCGGCCCCGGGCCAUGGAGAGGGUGUCCAGCAAAUAGGAUCGGGUCUGAGUGAUUGACCACGGGGCCCGGAGGGUCCAAACCUGGAGCGCAGCCUGCACCCUCCACCACCCGCCCUUCUGGAAUGUCAGAACUAAGCCAAGAGGCAGGUGCACCGGGAAAUUGUGACUGAGCCUUCUUGGCAGAAGAGAAACUGAGUCACCAGUCCAGGAACCGCAGGCUGCUGCCGCUCACCCCGUGUCUUCUGGCUGCUUCCCUCUUUGCUGCCCCUCCACACAGGCUCCUCUUGUCCUCCUCCUGGGGCCCAUCAUGAAUGGUGCCCCUUCCCCGGAGGAUGGGGCCUUCCCUUCUCCGCCAGCGCUGCCACCACCCCCUCCCCCAAGUUGGCAAGAAUUCUGUGAGUCCCAUGCAAGGGCUGCUGCCCUGGAUCUUGCCCGCCGUUUUCGCCUCUACCUGGCCUCCCACCCGCAGUAUGCAGAGCCCGGAGCAGAGGCUGCCUUUUCCGGCCGGUUUGCUGAGCUCUUCCUGCAGCACUUCGAAGCUGAGGUGGCCCGGGCCUCAGGCUCACUCUCCCCACCUGUCUUGGCCCCACUGAGCCCUGGUGUGGAUAUUGCACCAGCCCAUGACUUGUCCCUUGAGAGCUGCAGGGUGGGUGGACCCCUGGCAGUGUUGGGCCCUUCCCGAUCUUCUGAGGACCUGGCUGGGCCCCUCCCUUCUUCAGUCUCUUCUUCCUCUACAACAUCCUCAAAGCCGAAGCUCAAGAAACGCUUCUCCCUCCGUUCGGUGGGUCGCUCCGUCAGAGGUUCUGUCCGAGGCAUCCUGCAGUGGCGGGGGACCGUUGACUCUCCCUCCCCUACUGGGCCUCUGGAGACCACAUCAGGCCCUCCAGUUCUAGGUGGGAACAGCAACUCCAACUCCUCUGGUGGUGCUGGGACAGUUGGUAGGGCGUUGGCUGGUGAUGGCACAUCCCCUGGGGAGAGAUGGACUCACCGCUUUGAGAGGCUGAGACUAAGCCGUGGAGGGGGAACCUUGAAAGAUGGAGCAGGAAUGGUGCAGCGAGAAGAGCUCCUGAGUUUCAUGGGGGCUGAAGAGGCUGCCCCCGACCCCGCAGGAGUGGGUCGUGGAGGAGGGGCUGCUGGGCUUACCUCAGGGGCAGGAGGGCAGCCUCAGUGGCAGAGGUGUCGCUUAUUGCUCCGGAGUGAAGGAGAAGGAGGAGGAGGGAGCCGCUUGGAGUUCUUUGUACCACCUAAGGCAUCCCGGCCCCGACUCAGCAUUCCCUGUUCUACUAUUACUGAUGUCCGCACAGCCACGGCCCUGGAGAUGCCUGACAGGGAGAACACGUUUGUGGUUAAGGUAGAAGGCCCUUCAGAGUACAUCCUGGAGACAACUGAUGCACUUCAUGUGAAGGCCUGGGUGUCUGACAUCCAAGAGUGCCUGAGCCCAGGACCCUGCCCUGCUAUCAGCCCCCGUCCCAUGACCCUUCCCCUGGCCCCUGGGACCUCCUUCCUCACAAAGGAUAACACAGACAGCCUGGAGUUGCCCUGCCUGAAUCAUUCAGAGAGUCUGCCCAGCCAGGAUCUGCUGCUGGGACCCAGCGAGAGUAACGACCGCCUGUCGCAGGGAGCUUAUGGGGGCCUGUCAGACCGGCCGUCAGCAUCCUUCUCCCCUAGUUCUGCCUCUAUUGCUGCCUCCCAUUUUGACUCAAUGGAACUGCUUCCUCCAGAAUUGCCCCCUCGCAUUCCUAUCGAAGAGGGUCCCCCAGCAGGGACAGUUCAUCCCCUCUCAACCCCCUACCCUCCCCUGGAUACUCCGGAAGCAGCCACAGGGUCAUUCCUGUUCCAGGGGGAGUCAGAGGGAGGUGAGGGGGAGCAACCCCUCUCAGGCUAUCCUUGGUUCCACGGCAUGCUCUCUCGGCUCAAAGCUGCCCAGUUAGUGCUGGAGGGAGGCCCUGGCUCACAUGGUGUCUUCUUGGUACGUCAGAGUGAGACAAGACGUGGUGAAUAUGUCCUCACUUUCAACUUCCAGGGCAAGGCCAAGCACCUUCGCUUGUCACUGAAUGAGGAGGGUCAAUGCCGGGUCCAACAUCUGUGGUUCCAGUCCAUUUUCGAUAUGCUUGAGCACUUCCGGGUGCACCCCAUCCCUCUGGAGUCUGGAGGCUCCAGCGAUGUUGUCCUUGUCAGCUAUGUGCCCUCCCAGCGGCAGCAGGAACGGAGCACCUCCCGUGACCCAACCCAGCCCCCUGAACCCCCUCCAUGGACAGAUCCCCCACAUCCUGGGGCAGAAGAGGCGUCGGGGGCGCCAGAAGUGGCGGCAGCCACAGCCGCAGCAGCCAAAGAGAGGCAAGAGAAAGAGAAAGCGGGCGGUGGAGGGGGCCAGGAAGAGCUGGUCCCCGUGGCUGAGCUGGUCCCCAUGGUUGAAUUGGAAGAGGCCAUAGCACCAGGCACUGAGGCUCAGGGUGGUGCUGGCUCUGGUGGGGACUUGGGGGUGUCCCUGAUGGUGCAGCUCCAGCAGCUACCACUAGGGGGCAACGGAGAAGAAGGGGGCCAUCCCCGAGCCAUUAAUAACCAGUACUCCUUUGUGUGAGAGAUACUUGCCCACCCUCCAUUUUCCUGCUCCCAGCUGUAAAUUGUUAGACUGGGCUGGGUAGGGAUAACAGAGGAAAGUGGGAGUCCCCUCCCCACAUGCUUCCUGACCCUUGUCAGCCAAGGGUGUGUAUGUUGGUACAGUAGAGGCUCAAGAGCCCCGUUAAGUCCCCAUUUACUACACUACAGGUGCCCUUGCCCCGAGGCCAAGGACUUGGGCUCCAUUACCUCCCUGAGGGGCUCUUAUGGUCAGCCCCAUCCCUGGGGGCUAUUUCCCCACUAAUAACCCCCAACCCAAGCAAGGGUGAGGGGGAAGGGCUGUCAGUUAUUUUAAGGUUGUUGUUGUUGUUUUAAACAAAAUGGAAAAGCAUAAAUAAAUAAAGGGUUUAUCUUAGUUCCAUCACGA